AUGGAGCUACAAACUCUUCACGCGGCCACAGUAUUGAAUAGUGCCAUCAUCCAGUAUGGGACAUCAUUAUCACACCCUAUUGUACUGGAUGAUGAGCCAUUAGUUUCUCCAGGUGGCGACAGAGAACCCAUUCAGAAUAUGUGUAUCAGUUGCUCGAGGGAUGCAGUAACGGUAUCUCAUACUCUUCCCCCAUUUACUACAACUGCAACUUCGAUGCCUGAGAAUUAUCGCUAUAGGUGCACUGUUGGGGAAGAGCAGGCGAUCUUUCUUUGUUCUUGUGAAAUCCUAGAACGAGCUUGGGACGAGACACGCAGUAUUUCAAAUAACAAUGACAUUACUUGUUUUCGUCGGACUGAGUACGACGGCAUAGUAUUUAUAACAUUCCCUUCCUUUAAUAUUAGAGAUUUCACUGCCAGUGAUAGCCCAUAUGGACAGUGCGGAAUCCAGAAUGAGAAUAAAGAUUUCUCUGACCGUCUCAAGGGUGAUGAUGAUCAACCGGCUUUUGUUCACAAAGGAGCUCUCACUAUGUUCUUGAACAUUCUGAGAAAUACAGACUUGGAACACCAGAUGGACAAGUUUUCGAAGCAAAGAAAGGAACAACCCAUUAUAUUUGUGGGUCAUUCUAUAGGAGGUGCCAUUGCAACUCUUGCUACGAUCUGGGUUCUGGAAAAAAGGCUGAGACAAAUUUCUCCUAUCUGCAUUACAUUUGGUUCUCCUCUGGUCGGAGAUACUGUUCUUAUGCAAUCAAUUGACUGCCAAGGGUGGUCCGGAAAUUUUUGUCAUGUUGUUUCCAAACAUGAUAUUGUUCCGCGGAUGCUCCUUGCACCUUUUGAAUCAAUUGGACAGCAUUUGAAUGAAAUUUUUCGUCAGAGAGGGAGCAUAAUGGGCAAUGAUUCUCUUACUUUAAUGCAUCCUUCUUCUCCAGAGGCUUGCAGAAAACAUCUUGACAAUAUCAAUUGCCUUGGAGAAUCCAGCCUGUAUAAACCCAUUGGUACUUACAUGUUCUGCUCGGUCUAUGGCGCAGCUUGUAUUCAGGACCCUCAAGCUGUCUUGAAGAUGCUAAUUUUAACAUUGCAAAACACAGAAGAAAAUGGUAUUACCGCUGCUUUAAUUUCAGAGCACAUAAGUUAUGGUGAUAAGUUGAGACAUGUUAUUGAAAGUGGAUACUCAACAAGAACUUCAAACAUCUCUUCAGAAUCCUCCAUUGAGAUGGGAAUAGCACUGCAAUUAGAAGCAAUGGGUUUUCAGACUCAGAAAUCAAGACUGAUGAGUUUUAUUGUUCAACAGAAUAACUAUGCAUUUCAAGCCCUGAAAGAACCUAAAGAUUUGAAAAACACGCUUGACAUAGACAUUGACAACCUAAAUAAGAAGUUGAGCGAGAAACAAAGUGAGAUGGCAGAGUUAGAAUGGUACAUUAAAACGGUCUGUGAGGGCAACAACCGUAGCUUCUACAAUGUUUUCAGAGACCUAGCCGAAAAGAGAGACUCUCAUGUCAAUUUUAUUAGGAUAUCUCUAAGAAUUUUCUGGGAUGAAAUUAUUUAUAUGGUGAAGAAUCAUCAAUUGCCCAACGACUUCCUAUUCCAAAACAAAUGGAUGAAUGCCGGCACUGCAUACAGAAAACUUGUAGAGCCUCUUGACAUUGCAGACUACUAUCGAUGGCAGAGCAACCGCGGCAGUUAUCUCUCAAGUGGGAACAGGCCCGUCCGUCAUAUGGUUCUGGAAAAAUGGCUGGAUGAUAAAAACCAAACUCGCACAGCUAGAGAUAGGAGACCUCGCACAAAGUUUGCAUCCUUAACUGAGGACUCUUGUUUUUGGGCUCACGUAGAAGAAGCUGCUAAAGACUUGACAAAUCUGCAGCAAGAGCAAGAGCGACAUCAAGUUAUCAAUGCCCAUCUCAAGGAAAGCCUGGAAAAUUUUGAAGUUUAUGUGUCGAAGAUGAUCGAAGAGAAAAGUAUUUCCAAGGAGGUUUUCUUGGAACAGAGCAGCUUCAUGAUAUGGUGGAACAAAUACAGACAGUUCCAACUACAAUACCCAGAUUAG